GGUCUCGAUCAGUUGGCGGUUUGCACUUGCGCGUUGCGGACGUCUCGCUCUACUCGCCGCUUCGAUCUCCCCUCUCGCACACACUCUCCAAACACCUCGAUCCGGAUCCGGGAUUAGCUCGUCCGUACACGUAUCCAAAGUGAAGAUGUUGCGGCUGAGUCUGCUGGCCGUGCUGCUGGUGGCAGCUGGUGUAAAUGGCCAGGGAAAGGAGAAGGAGGAGUUCCAGUGCCCCUCGCAUAUUGCCAAUGGUAACUACGCCGAUCCGGCGACCUGUCGUCGUUUUUACCAGUGCGUCGACGGAUAUCCGUAUUUGAACCGCUGUCCAUCCGGACUUUUCUUCGAUGACGUGCAGAAGUUCUGCACAUUCAAGGAUGAGGCCAAGUGCGGUCCUCUACCAACAACACCCGCCCCUGCCACGGAUGCGCCGGCAGACACCGCCCAGCGCUGCAACACGGAGGACUGCGCCCUGCCCUACUGCUUCUGCUCCAAGGACGGCACCCAGAUCCCCGGCGACCUGGAGCCCGAAAAGAUCCCCCAAAUCAUUAUGCUGACCUUCGAUGGCGCCGUGAAUCUGAAUAACUACCAGCAUUACCUGAAGAUUUUCGACGGCAAGCGCAAGAAUCCCAACGGCUGUCUGAUUCGGGGCACCUUCUUCAUGUCGCACGAGUACAGCAACUACCAGCAGAUCCAGCACCUGGGAUACUACGGACACGAAAUCGGCACCGAGAGCAUCUCCCAGCAGCAGGGACUCCAGGACAAGGGCUACGAGGAGUGGGUCGGCGAGAUGAUUGGCAUGCGUGAAAUCCUGCGACACUUCGCCAAUGUGUCCGUCAACGAUGUGGUCGGCAUGCGAGCUCCAUUCCUCAAACCCGGCCGCAACACCCAAUACAAGGUGCUGGAGGACUUUGGCUACAUCUACGACAGCUCGAUCACCGUUCCGCCGGUGCCGGUGCCAGUGUGGCCGUACACGCUCGACUACAAAAUCUCGCACGAGUGCAAGAGCGGCACCUGUCCGUCGCGCACCUUCCCCGGCGUGUGGGAGGUGCCCCUGAACACGCACUACGUGGAGGGUUACGAGGGGGGCCACUGCCCCUACCUCGACCAGUGCGUGCUGCACAACCUCGACGAGGAGGAGGUCCUCCAGUGGCUGCAGGAGGACUUCUCGCGCUACUACGAGCAGAACAAGGCGCCCUACAUGAUGCCCUUCCACACCAACUGGUUCCAGACCAAGCCCCUGGAGAACGGCCUGCACAAGUUCCUUGACUGGGCCUUAGAACUACCCGACGUCUACAUCCUGACCGUCACCCAGAUGCUGCAGUACAUGACCGAUCCGAAGGAGCUGCGCGACGUCGGACAAAUCGAGGCCUGGAAGUGCGACAAGAGCGUGGCGGUGGCCCCCAAGCCCUGCAACAUCUGGCAGACGUGCGCGCUGCCCUUCAAGAUUCCGGAGCAGAACCUCACGGACACGCGCUACAUGGAGACCUGCCGCGAGUGCCCCAACGUCUAUCCCUGGCUGGGCGACGCCGGCGGCACGGGAAUCGCCGGUCGGGACAACUACAUCUUCAACGCUGAUCCCGAACCCGUUGACGAUGGAAAGGAGUAGAGGGAGCGGGAUCCAGGGAUCUGCCACUUUUUCUGCCUUUUUUUAACCCACUCCGAUUCUUAGCCCGCUUCUUACUAUUAGUAUUUCCUCUCCUGUCUUUUCCCGUCGCGAGCUCAGCAACUUCUAACGCAUGUGCCAGUCAUCGCGAUGCAAUAAUGAGCUGCCCCUUUUCCCCUUCUUGUUUGCAACCUCCUUCUUGAUUUUUCUCAUUGUCCUGUCUCUCCUGUCUCCUGUCUCCUGUCUCCUUUCUCCUGUCCUGUCUUCCAAGUUUGCCGCUCCCCUAAUAGUUCUUAAGCGAAAUUGUGUCAAAUUGUUCUUAGUUUUUAAGCGACAAAAUGUUUGUAAGAAGAGUGUUUUUGUUUAAAUAAAUUGACUAUUUUUCUA